UUCCAACACUUCUCUAAUUGGUAUUAGAAUUAUUUACACGGUUUGGAAAAAUUAUAGCCAUGCCAACAAGUGCCCAUAAAUAUAGUAUACUGCUGCCCACCUACAACGAGAAGGACAAUUUGCCCAUUAUAAUAUGGCUUAUUGUGAAAUACAUGAAGGCCAGCGGUUUGGAAUAUGAGGUGAUUGUUAUUGAUGACGGCAGUCCGGAUGGAACGUUGGAUGUGGCCAAGGAUCUGCAGAAGAUUUACGGUGAGGAUAGGAUUGUCCUGAGACCGCGGGGCUCCAAAUUGGGACUGGGCACGGCCUACAUACAUGGCAUUAAACAUGCCACCGGGGACUUCAUUAUUAUCAUUGAUGCGGAUUUGAGUCACCAUCCUAAGUUUAUACCCGAGUUCAUCAAGCUGCAGAAGGAGGGAGACUACGAUAUUGUAUCCGGCACUCGGUAUGCCGGUAAUGGAGGCGUCUUUGGUUGGGACUUCAAGCGCAAGCUCAUCUCGCGUGGCGCCAACUUUCUGUCCCAGGUGCUUCUGCGUCCGGAUGCCAGCGAUCUGACCGGCUCCUUCCGGCUCUACAAGAAGGACGUCCUGGAGAAAUGCAUCGCCAGUUGCGUGUCCAAGGGCUAUGUCUUUCAAAUGGAAAUGCUGGUGCGGGCCAGACAGCAUGGCUACACCAUUGCCGAGGUGCCCAUCACCUUCGUGGAUCGCAUCUAUGGCACCUCUAAGCUCGGCGGCACCGAGAUCAUCCAGUUUGCCAAGAACCUGCUGUAUCUGUUUGCAACCACAUAAAGAACACCCACCAUCAACUGAGUA